CGGCGAUGCCAUCACAACACGAACACGGUAAACGCGGACGACCACCUUCCCAAAGUCGUCGAACCCGGAGGUCUUUAUUACAGGCGACCCAUCGACACCCGUGGCAACAAAGUAUGCGGCGGUUGAGAACACCGUGGCGAUAUUUGAGAAUGCUAGCACUGUUGAACCAUUUGGCAUUGGAGGUCGAGAUCCAUGUAAGCAUUGUGGUGCUAAAUUGUGACAUCAUGAAAGAAAAUGGACAAAGAUGUGUUGUCGAAAAGGUACAAAGCGUUGUCCUCUAUGAGAAUGGUCUUGCGAAGGCUCCUCGGAGCAUGAAAUUCUUUCCCUUUUGGACGUCUCAAAGUUUCGAUGGUCGAUUCUUUCGAAAUAAUGCGAGGAUAAUUAAUAAUAGUUUAUCCCUUGCAUCCUCGCGGUUGAAGCAACCGAGCGAUGGUGUUCAAGGAUUCUGGGGCGAAGUUAGGGCUCAAGGUCCAAUCUUUCAUCAUAUCGGUGCAUUGGCUGUGGGGGAAGACGAACGUCCUCAGUUUGCGCAAUUAUACUUGCACGAUCCUCAACGUUUGGACGAUGCGAUUGAUCAAAGGGUAGAUUUCCUUAACUUACCUGCACGUACACCCGAUGCCCAACUUGAUCAAGCGAAACGCAUAUUGAGAAGGUUUCACGAAUUGCUACAACGAUGUAAUAAUUACGUGAAGGACUUUUUGACGUUUGCUGUUCUUCCGCCGGAAGCGUUGAACGGGGGGAAGUUGGUCAUAAAUGCGGAUGUCAUGCCUGAUGGGGAACAUGCAAGGCGUUAUAACCGUCCUAUGGGCUUACAUGAGAUAUGUGUUCUGAUGGCUAAUGAAUUACUUUCUCGUGAGCUCGAGAUUCGUUUGCGUGCUCCUCCUCCGGGGGAGCGACAGACGGUUGUAGUUUCGGAAUGUUCUCGAGCACCCGAUUGCUUAAGGUUUCCCAACAUUCGGAGAGUCUUUCUUACCAUCUUUGGAAGGCCGCCGUGAGAGGAAGUUCAUUCUCAUUUUGCACAUUCCGAGAGUGGUGUGGCGAUCCCCAAACCCUUCUCUUAUUUCCUGAAAGACAAAUGAGUGAGGGGCUCGUCUUGUCGUUAUGUGCAUCCGGACGCAAACACUGCGGCGGUUGAUAAUGUGUGACUGUUUGUCGGGAUUCGCUGAAGGGGAGAUGUCAGCGGGAAGUUUGUCGAUUUUAUCAUCCCCCGGCAAAACGGGAGGCGGCUUAAUGGGGUGUUGUGGGUGGGUAGCGGUGGGUGGAUGGGGAUGAACUGGUGAUGGUUUCUAGGCGCAGAACAGCGCACUGCAUACGAGCGAUGUGACGUCAAUCAGUGUGAGCAAUUCGAGCGGGAAUAAAUGCGGCGGUGUGGGAGGCGCAGUAGACAGGGUGACAAUCAGAAAGAAUCGCAAAUGGCGGUUGAGACUGGAGAGGGGGGGGAGAGGGGAGAUGCGGGAAGGAGAAAAGAGACAGUCGGGAGUAAAUGAGCUCGACUAGA